AUGUGGCAGCUACUGGAGCAGGCAGCCAAGAACGCGUCGGCCAAUGCCUCAGGCUACGUGAGCUCCGUACAGGAGAAAGCGCACAGUCUGGCAGCUGCGGUUCAGGACGAAGCGUCCACUUUACUACACAGCGCUAUCGGCGCAACCCGCAUUGGACCUGUGGACGAGAUUUUAUACGAAGAACUCGCGGAUUACAAGGAGUUCUCGUCCUUCUUCUCAGCUGAGGAGCACACGCAUGAGAUCACACGCACCUUGGACGAAGACGCGGAGAUCCGAGAGCUCCACGACGCGCUAGUGCCGCUGGAAUUGAGCUACGACGAGUUCUGGUGCCGCUUCUUCUUCCGUCAACAGCAGAGUGAGCAGAUGCAGCAGCAGAAGGAGAUGCCACCGGAAGAGAAGAGAGAGGACGAACAUAGACCGGAAGAUAAGCUGGUAGACAGAGAGAAAGCAGGCAGUGGGGACCAAGAGGGAGUGUGGCUAUUGAGAGCUGCUAGAGACGCGGAGCGCCGUGCAGCGACGCAAUGGAGACAGAAAGCCAGAGAUUUACACCAUCAGCUACAGGAAAUCAAGCAGAUUAACGAUGAGAAGCAGCAAAAAGCUCUCAAAGAGUGGGAACAACAGCUACAAGAUCUUUGUGACACUUACGAGAGUAAAAUGGCUACAGCUACGAUGCAGAUUGACGAAGCUAGAGCUGUCGGAUACGAUGACGGUGUUCGUGAGAGUCAGGCGAUUGUGGAGAGUGUAAAGCAAAAGGCGGAAGAAGACUUGACUCGUCUUCGGAUGGAGAUUUGCGAGGGUGGAGUGGACACGAGAGUGAAGGUCUUGAUGGAGGAGCUACAGAAGGCGCUGGAAACGGCACGUAACAGGAUUGCAGAGCUGGAGAAAGGAGAUGCAUCCAUUGGAGGCGCAGCUCUUGCAGAGCUGACGAAGGAGAAGGAUCUGUGGAGGAUGCGAGCUUUGAAGAUGAAGAAAACUCAAGGAUCUACUGAUACGCAAGCGGGCUCUGACGCUGCCAACUCGGACGACCACAGUAAGCUUCAGACGCGUAUGAAUGAGUUGCAGACUCAACUAGCCAAUGCCUUGGCUGGUGCUGAAGCGCGUGCUCGUGAAGCCUAUGAAAAGGGGAUUGAAGCAGGCAAAGCCGACGCAGAGCAACGCUCGAAACAAGAACGCGAUCAAGCAUUCCAGGAAGGCUAUAGGAAAGCUCAAACUGAAGCCAAGAGCGAGAUGGGCGUGCUGAAAGCUGAACUCGGCAUGUUCCGUGCAUUCCACGAGAGUGCAGCUCAUUGUGCCGAUCAAGUUGGUGCAGACACGGAAGGGCUACUGGAAGACUCACUUGACGACGUCUCACUGGCUGAUGGACAACCGCUGUGCUCCCCUACGUCGUCGGUCUCGGUAUUUACUGACAACGGCACGAACGAUUUUUCCAUCGCAGAAGCGCCUAAGUCUACAGACGACUGGGGUGAGUGGUAA